AUGUGUGAAGUUUUAUCAGCAAUCUGUACAUCUCCCAUCGGUCGAUUAACAAUAUCCUAUUGUCUCCAAGGUCUUCAUUCGAUUUCGCAAAUCUCGACAAUCAACGAUCGAUCAUUUCUACCACAUGCUAAUCAAUCGAUUGAAUACGAACUACCAUGUGAUAUAGACGAUCCAAUUCUCGACUCCUGCCGCGAAUGGCUUGACGAUUAUUUUCAUGCUGGUGUCCAUCCUAUAAAAACGCCAAAGCUUUGUCCAACUGUGAUUAUGAAAGGAAAUUCAUUUCAAGAAAAUGUUUGGUAUACACUUUUAAAACGUGUUCCCUUCGGUCAUGUGAUUACCUACGGUGAAUUAGCGAAAUUGGCUGGAAAUACAGGAGCUGCGCGUGCUGUUGGUACAGCCAUGCGUCGUAAUCCUUUUCAGCUGAUUGUUCCAUGUCAUCGAGUGAUUUGCUCGAAUGGCAAGAAAGGAAAUUAUGCAGGAGGUGAACGAAACAGUGUCAAAGUUUGGCUAUUGAAACAUGAACAAAUCGAAAAUUGUAAAUAA